AUGCUCGCGACCAUUCCCACUCUCUCCGCGGCCACAUGGCUCUUGCUCUUGGGCACGAGUUCGGCCAUGCCAGCGGGCGUUUUUGAGAGUACCGAAUCUUCCAUCACCGCCUCUUCUACCGCCACCGCUGUUGUGCCGGAUAUCACCGCCCUCACAGCAGUCUGGACCACUGUCAACGAUGGGGGCGUGCCCAUAACCGUCACUCCCGUGCUCACCACCAUCGAUGGUACACCGACCGUGAUCUCUGCUGCCCCAGUUUCCACAGCCAACGUGGACGAUAUUAUCAUCGAUGACGAGCUACCACCUUUCGAGAAGACCGGUAGCGGCGCUUUUGAGCAGUGCCACAACAAAGAUGGCCCCUCUGCGCCUUUCUGCGAGCCUUCUCAUGGGCAGAACAUCUCGAUUAACACCGAUCAGCACAUUACCUGGGAUCCUGAGUAUUUUGGACAUAACACCUCCAUCAAGAUCGUCGCCUUCUACGAUCUAGCGGGCACCGACCAGGCUUUCGCUACCGACUACAUGUCCUCCGGCUGGGGCUACUACGAGUGGAAGGUGAAGAAGAAUCUCUUCUCUCCCAAGCAGUUCAAGAAGCAGCAGGCGGUCAACGUCACUCUUGGUUUCGGCGCCAAGAACCACAACGACAACCGCGUCCACUGGGUUCGCGGUCCGACUGUCACCAUUACUCGUACCCGCCGCUUCCACCAGCACAAGAACGAGCUCCCUGAUGGCGCUGCUUUGUACAUUGGUAUUCCCGCCAUGGUCGGUUUCGUCCUGCUCGUGUCGUGCGGUACCUGCCUGCUGAACAGGAAAGUGAGACGCCUUGGCGUUGGCAGCGUCAUGGGCCGCGGAAAGGGCUACAGCCUCCUUGGCAAGAGCAAGAAGAAGGGUCUUUUCGGAAAGAAGAACAAGGAUGAGGGUAUCAGGCUCAUGGGGCGUGACGAGUUUGAGGUCGAUGAUCGGGACUAUAGAGACACCCCCGACAUGGAGGACCGUUGGAGCAGGUAA